ACCCGGCGCCCUUCCGGGCAGAGCGCGCGCCGGCCACUCCCUCCUCAAGCCCGACGUGCCUCCGGCAUCCAGGAGCCCUCGGGGUGUGCGUGGCGCCUGAGAGAUGCCCUUGUCCCGGGGUCCGUGCGCGGUGGCGGUGCUCGCCCCCCUGGUGCGCCGUGGUAGGAAGAUCAGCUCCCUCCGCCGUCGUCGUCUUGCUCUCCCGCGGCCGCGGCGCCUGGGCCGGCUUCCUGCUUCUCCGCUCGCCGGCGGUGCGGCGCCGCGCUCCCGCCAGGUUGAGGGCUUAGCCCCUCCCUCCCCAUCCCCGCCCCUUCGCCGAGCUCCCUCCAGGUCCCCGGGUCUUGGCAGUCUGGCCAUCUUGUCUCCUGACUCCGGCUCCGUGUCCCGCAUGCCCGUUUCCAAGCUACCUACCAGAGGUCUUCAGUUCCCAGAAGAGCAAAAGCGUCUCUGGACCUAGGUGGGGAAAGAGCUGGCUGUGACCUUGGCGCUGUCCUGAAGGGCCUAGCCUUGGGCUGAAUGGCAGCACCCGCGCUGGGCCGUCUGGCACUGACCCACCUGCUGGUGGCUCUCUUCGGCAUGGGCUCGUGGGCUGCCGUCAAUGGGAUCUGGGUGGAGCUGCCUGUGGUGGUAAAAGAUCUUCCAGAGGGUUGGAGCCUCCCCUCAUACCUCUCUGUGUGUGUGGCGCUGGGGAACCUGGGUCUGCUGGUGGUGACCCUGUGGAGGCGGCUGGCACCGGGCAAGGGCGAGCAGGUCCCCAUCCGGGUGGUACAGGCGCUGACCGUGGUGGGCACAGCCCUGCUGGCCCCUCUGUGGCAUCACGUGGCACCAGUGGCAGGGCAGCUCCACUCUGUGGCCUUCCUAACACUGGCCUUGGUCUUGGCACUGGCCUGCUGCACCUCUAAUGUCACUUUCCUGCCCUUCCUGAGCCACCUGCCACCUCCCUUCUUAAGGUCUUUCUUCUUGGGUCAGGGGCUCAGUGCCCUGCUGCCCUGUGUGCUGGCCCUAGUGCAGGGUGUGGGCCGCCUCAAGUGCCCGCCAGCCCCCACCAACGCCACCUCUGGUCCCCCGCUUCACAUCCCUGAGCGUUUUCCUGCCAGCACCUUCUUCUGGGCACUGACCGCCCUUCUGGUCACUUCAGCUGCUGCCUUCCAUGGUCUCCUGUUGCUGUUGCCAUCACUACCAUCUGUACCUGCAGGGGGCCCAGGGCCUGAACUGCAAGUGGCAACCCCAGGAACAGAGGAGGAGGAGGAAGAGGCCUUGCCAUUGCAGGAGCCACCGAGCCAGGCAGUGGGCACCAACUGUGGCCCAGAUCCUGAGACCCACUGGUGGCUCUCGGCCCAGGGUGCCUGCCUGCUGGGCCUGCUGGCCGUCACCAGUGCACUGACCAACGGUGUGCUGCCUGCAGUGCAGAGCUUUUCCUGCUUGCCCUACGGGCGCCUGGCCUACCACCUGGCUGUGGUGCUGGGCAGUGCCGCCAACCCCCUUGCCUGCUUCCUGGCCAUGGGUGUGCUGUGCAGGUCCCUGGCAGGGCUGGGUGGUCUCUCUCUGCUGGCUGGACUCUUUGGGGCAUACCUGAUGGUGCUGGCAAGCCUGAGCCCCUGCCCGCCCCUGGUGGGCACCUCUGCAGGGGUGGUCCUUGUGGUGCUGUCGUGGGUGCUGUGUCUGGGCAUGUUCUCAUAUGUGAAGGUGGCCACCAGCUCCCUGCUGCAUGGCAGGGGCCGGCCUGCAUUGCUGGCAGCUGGCGUGGCCAUCCAGGUGGGCUCCGUGCUCGGCGCUGGAGCCAUGUUCCUUCCCACCAGCGUCUACCGUGUGUUCCGCAGUGGAAAGGAUUGUGUGGACCCCUGCAAACCCUGAGCCUGGGCAGAUGGGGCCCUCACUCCACCCCAUCUGUCUUCACCUUGAGGCUGCCACAGUGCCCUAGUGCCUCCAGCCCAAGCAGGCCUCCCCACACGUGGGCACGCUCAUGGACACUUCAGGGCAGGGUGAAGACCAAAGAGCAGGCUUGGAGCCAGGGAUAGGUUGGGGCCGUGGGCUUGGACUGGGUCUGAGAUUGUCAUGAGAUUUGUACAAUAAAGCAUUUUUAUUAAAAAAAAAAUCUGAUGAAAA